UUUUAAUAUUUGGUAAAUAGUAUAAGGGAUAGAUUAGAACUAUAUAAUGUUAGAAAUUUCAAUUUCUUGUUUAAUUUUCCAUUAACGACGAAAUAAAGAAUCGUUCUCUAGUUAUUGCGAAUCGUCUUCAAUCCCAGGGUACAAUUCAAUCGAUCCUUGAGAAGAAUCGAUCAUGAAAACAUGUCACAAUUCAAUCGAUCCUUGAGAAUAAUCGAUCAAGAAAUCAUGUCUUCGAACAAUCUUUGCCCUAGUUCUUAUGCCUGCAACGCUUGACAGAAGAGAAUAGAAGCGAGAGAAAGAGAAGCUGAAUCGUCUUCGCAAGUAAUUUUCAAGAUUUUCCGAGUCUGUGAGGGAUAGUAAAGAGGAAAAAAAGUUGAUUUUCAUCGUUUUAUUGAGAUCGAUGAUGGAAGAUAUGAAGUUAAAGUCGGAACUUGAUGCAUUGAGGAAGCUUUAUGAUCUUUUAAAAAAUAGUUGGUUUCACUCGCAAAAUGCAGUUUCUGAUUAUUAUUUGGAUGAUAAUUCGCUAUGCUUCUUAAAGAGUUUGCUUGAUGAUGCUGCUAAAAGGGUUUUCGAAGGUCAUUUGAAGUUCAUAGCGACCCAAUUUGUUAUACCUGAACCAGUAGUACUUGAUUCUCAAAUGAUUAAAACAGAGGAAAAGCCAGUUCUAAUGCCAUCAAUUUCAUUCAACAAUCAUCUGAAAAUAUCUGAAGAUAAACAGUCUCAUGAAAUUGUCUCUGAUGGAUCUUUACAAUCUGAAACUACUGGAAAGAAGAGACAUUGCAGAAUUUGCCAGCAAACCAAUGCUGAUAAGCAUCUAAAUCCUGGAAUGAUGACAGUAUCUAACCAUGACCCUCAACAGUUAAGUCAAUCUAGCCAUUUGCAUCAGGAAAAAGAGACAGAAUUCGACAAUACCCGCGACAGAGAUACUAAUGAUGAGCAGGAAAGGAUUCAUAAAUCAGUAUUGAAGGAUGAUCAGAAAGAAAUUCUCAAAUCUACAGCCAAACACUUUGAGAAGAAUUUUAACGAUGAUCCGACUAUUGUUCCUUCGGAUAUUGAUGAUGUCAUCAAAAAGAUUGAAUUGCAUAUUUCAGUUUUACAUUCUGUACAGAUUGAGCCACUUGCCCAGAAAGAACAGAACAUGGUUUCAGAAAAUGGUUCACAUGGAAAAUCUGACCGAUCUAGUAUUGAUAAACCUCCGUUCCGUCAAAUGAGUUUGAAGAAGAGCUUAAGAAAGUUGGAUUGGCAGCAUCAGCAGCAUAAGUCGCCUCAAGAUUCGAGUCAAAGUAGCGAGUAUGAAUCAAUUGAAACCAAGAGCUCGACCGAUUAUUCCAGUUGGACAAGGCCUAGCACUACUAGCGAUGGAAGUGAUGAAUAUCGAUACCAAAAUGCAGAUACCUCCUCUAGCAACAGUUACAGUAAACAAACUAGUGACAGUAAUUCAACAAGAUCAUCAUCAAAAGGUUCAACAUCAUCAUCAAGGACUGAUAAUUCCACCGAGAAUUACAAGACAAGCAACUUUAUGAUACCAAAGAAGAAACAGAAAGGGAGAUUUAGAAGACUGAAAGACAAGUUAGCUAUUAUAUUUCACCACCACCAUCACCACCACCAUCAUCAUCACGGUGACGCGGUUACUAACGAUGGUAAGUCUAACAAAGCUCAUGCAGAGAGAAUUGUUAAUGCAGGUGAUAAGAAGUAUGUGAAAAAUGUUGCACUUAAACAUCCAGAUAAGAAUUGGAAAGGGCAUUUCCAUGCACUGGCAGAAGGACUAAUGAGAAAGCAUGUUAGGAAUUCGAAGAGGUUAAAGAAGAAGCAGCCAAAAGCAGAUAUUAAACAGGUAAUGAAGGGUCGAGACGGGAUGAUGUCGAAGAAGAUACACUGGUGGAAAAUUCUUAGCCGACAAAGAGGGGGGAGAGUGAAGUUGCCUAAUAAACCUCGAGUGAAGCUCGUUGGUCAUGGAAGCAAGAAACACCGCCCAAAAGCUUAAGCUUUACCACACUUCAGUUGAGAUGAUAUUUAAGUUGUGUUUCCAUCAAAAAGAUUAGCUUUCAUCCUCUAGAUGCUCAACAAAGUGUAUAUUUGUUGUACUGGUACAGUUAGUUAGGCAAAAACAGUUGUAAUGUUUAAAAUAGUUGGGAACAUAGUAAUAUACUUGUCAAAAUUAUAAAAAAGAAAAACCUUGUAUGGA